GUUGCAAUGGCGGGAACAGUUUAAUGGCGGCUUCUGCGAUAAGUUUGAACUUCUUGCCUUUUCCGUUAAGGAAAGCUUUGCUAAAAUUUCAAAAGGAAGGUGUUCAGUUCGGAAUAAGCAAGCAGGGAAGGUAAUUAAAGAAUUAAUGCUUACAAAAAUGCAGUAUUUUCAUUUUGAAAUCGGGAUUGUUAUGCCGGCUUCGGGUGUCUGCGGCUUAAACAAUGCAGUAACAACAAUGGGUUAUUUGCAUUUAUUAAUUGGUUUGAUUUAAAAGGACUGACAGUACUUUUCUUUUAUUUCAUGCAGAUGUUUGAUUGGGGAUGAGGUAAGUCAAGUUUUUAAAAUGUUUUCAUUUAAGCGUGCGGUCAGGACUACAUGACAGUGACGUGUGAAGCUUGCAUAGUGUUUACAUUCUCUGAAGUGUGAGCUUAAACUUUUGGGCUUUAAUGGUAUUCACGUCAUCAUUGACAGCGAACUGGCAUUGAAAAACUCCUGUUUGUGAAACAAGACAAGAGGAGACAAGAACUUUAUUUAUACCACACACAGCAAAAAAGACAUUAAAAAUGACAAGAGUACUUAUGAGGCACUGCCGGGGGGAGGGGGGGUCCCAUGUCGCCCGUCUGAAUUUUAAAACGCCUCGUGUCGGUGUUUAUAAAUGCUUGUCGCUUAUUGUCGGCUUUGCCGUCACUGUCGCAAUUUGGCCGAAGGAGGAUGUCUCUUGUCGCGAUUUCAUUUUACGCGCUGUCGCUACUUUUUGGACCAUGUCGCUUGUCGGAAUUUACCCUGGCAGGUCCUCACUUAUGCAAGGUACAAGCCACCUAGAAAAUAGCUAAAAAGCUAAUCUGGCUAGGAGGCAUUAAAAGAUACAGGGGGUUACAUUAGGGAAUCCAGACUUUGAACCUUGAGGAAUUGGGGGAGAGCUGUUAACAUAAAUAUCUCGGUUUUGGUUUCAGCAUAAGGAGGCUCUCGGCCGGCCUCCUUUGUCCUCACCCCUAGAUCUGCCCCUAGGUUGUUUUGGGGGGAUUUUAAUAAAGUCAAUCUGUUCUUUGCGCAUGUAGCAUUACACUCCUCAGAUGGUUGAGUUUAGCAGGAUCAGGACCCAGUUAAAUAAGAAAUAAACCACUUCAAUAUAUUAAAAUCAGUGCUGUCAACUCUCUUGGAUAAAAUUUUGGAGCAAAUGUCCCUGUCUCUAGAUUAAAGUAUGAAAUCUCCCGGAUAAUCUCCGAAGUUUGCCAUUUCUUCAGGAGACUCUUCACUUACGGCUAUAAAAUUUCAACUAAACUUAUUUUGUGUUGAUUGAGCUAUUUUGAUGUUAACAUCGAAUGUUUCCUCAUAAACUCCUCCGGUAUGCCAGUAUAAUAAUGUAAACCGUCAGGUCAUAUGUUAUUACAAGGCAAAAAUGUCUUUUUCCCGUGUUUUGUGUCAUUGCAAAUUUGUGUAGUCUCCCUCGCAGCCGUUUUUAGUAUCGUCACGCAACGCUCGUGACGAUACUAAAAACGGCUGCGAGGGAGACUAAAAUUUGUGACGAUCAGAGAGUAUUUUAUGACCAAAUGACAUCAUGGGCCCUGCGUCAUGAUGUUAUCUACCAUCCUUUCCCUAUCAAUUCUCAAUAUUUGAAUACAUGGGGGGUUAACUUCUCCUUUGUCCCGCUAUUCCCAGAAGAGACUUGAGCUUAACAAAAAAACCCAAACCAAAUAGAGAAAUAUGACCAGGAAGCCUUGGAGUCAUGUUAGAAUUUUAAUAUAUUGUAUGUAGAUAGAUAGAUAGAUCGCAUUGCAACCAGGAGGUUGAAUUAAGCAAUUAUUUACAAAUGAAUAUAAUUACUUAAAAAUACUACUACCAAUAACUGGAAGCUAAUUUCUUUAGAAAAAUGUAAGAAAAUUAUUAAUAAUAGAAACACAACAUGAAUAAACUAGUACAGCAACAAAAAUUGUGAUUUGUGAAAAAAAGAAAAUAAUUAUAGAAAUCUGAUACAAUAAAAAGGAAUCAAAACUUGUAAAACUAUAGACUGAAACACAGUUUACUCUGCUGUUCAAUGAGCUCGAAAGCUUUCUUAAAGUCAAAGAGAACCACCCUCACAGUGGCCCCAUUACCAUCAGUGGCACUCACUCUUCCAUGCAUGGAUCAUGCCUGGAAUAUAAUUUGUGCCAAAAUAUAUUCAAUGCCGCGCAGUAAGGUUUCCCUAGCAUCAAACCUUUUCAUGCACAGAAUAACUAUGUUAUUCCCUUAUUUAGACACUCAAAUCACUCAGCGAGGUAGAAGAGAAUAAUGCUGUUUUCUUCUUUCGUGUUGCACACUUGCAUAAAUAUUACGUGUCAAGUUCAAUGAUCCAUUGGUCUUUUUAUUUUUCGUCAACAGAUGGGACUUGGCAAAACCCUCCAAGCAAUAAGCAUUGCAUAUCACUACAAGGAUGCCUGGCCACUCCUGAUUGUUGUGCCCUCUUCUGUCAAGUUUUCCUGGAUUGAGGAGAUUGAAAAGUGGUUACCUGAAGUAGAGCCACAUAACUUGAACCUGAUAAGGUCUGGUAGUGAUAUCAGGUUUGUCCAAUAAACUGCAGCUUCUUAUUUAUUAUAAAUAAUAUGGAGGGGCGGAAACUGUGGCGUCAAAGCAAAUGUAAACAUAAUAAAACCAUACUAGGUUUCAUGAACAUUCAUACCCAUUCUUCCACACCAAGAUUGUGUUGGCUUGUAUUUUGUGGGCAGCUGCAUUAAAGACCAAAAAAAAGGUUUGAUUGUCAAUAUAUUUAACACAAAGGUAGUAAUGAGGACACUGUUUUUAUGUAUCCUACUGGAGAUGAGAUAACUAUUUCUACACGUGGUCAUCUUAGCCAUGCAAAAGUCUAGCUACAGCUGUAUUUGGAAGGCAAAGGCAGUACCUUCUUUUCCUAGAUAUCUCAAGAUGCUGAGUAUUAUUCUGGUCCUGGGGAUUGAACCUGCAACCACUAUGAAGUCAACCCUCUACCUAUUGAGCUAGACUUAGCCCAAGAAAAUAACAGAAAACCCAGUAGUACAUGAAGUUAUUUGUUUUUUUUACUAACUGUUAUUGCAGUAUCCUGGAUAAAGCUGUCAUUCAUAUCGUUGGAUAUGGCCUUCUAAGUGUAGGGACAUCCAAAUUGCUGCUACAAGCUCUGGAGAACCAGAAGUUUAAUGUUAUUAUUUUGGAUGAAUCACAUUACUUGAAGACAAGAAAUGCAGCUCAUACAAAGCGGCUCCACCAUCUCUGCACAAAAGCUAAACAUGCCAUUUUGUUGAGCGGAACACCUUCCUUGGCAAGACCUCGUGAGGUAUGUGAUUGGUGUAACUUGGCCUGUCACCCUUGACUCCUCACCCCUUCUCUUGAUGUCUGUUGCAUUCAUACAAGAAUGUCUUACAUAGGGAUAACUUGUGUCAAUAGGAAAUCAGGUAAUUUAAUCUGCCCCUAUGAUUGAUCGGUUUAUAUUGGACCAAGCUGUGGUACUUUGUCAACUUGACUCCAUGAAACCCUGUAUAGCUGUUAAGGACAUUAGUUACAGGCAGCUAAAAUCUGUCGACAUGGAUACACUCAGAGCUGAUUUAAUGAGGUCUGAAUUGUGCACCAAUGUGUUUACUAAUUUGGAUACGAUGGUCUCCUCAGGGCUGUCAUUAAUAUUUCAAGUUGCUGUGAAAAAAGAUACAAGUAGGCGGUGAAUCAAACACCAAGGGAUAUUAUUGUUUGGUGCUAUUUUUCUUCUAUUUUCCUACUAAAGUAGGUGGGGGUCUUGUUCAUAGUAUCCGGGAAAAAUCCGUAGCCCCUGGCCCUUAAUGACUUGCAUGAAAUCACAUCACGUAAAUAGAGCUCCCCAAUCCCUUGUAUUGAAGCAGAUGGCAUAGCACAUUGUGAUAAUCCAUCUAAUGCCAAGAUCUUAAACGUCCACUUCUCUACAAUUGGUACAAAGCUCGCAAAUUAAUGAAACUAAAAUCCUUCUUUACCUUACCGUCUCCUCCUGCAAACUCAACUGAUUUGCCUAAGUUUGUUUUCAAACCAAUCACCAAAGAGUUUGUACGUGGUCAACUUAAACAACUUAGAACUAACAAAGCAAUUAGCCUAGACAAUAUCAGAGCUCGUCUUCUGAAAAUAGUGCUGUGUGAUUUAAACUAAUGACAUAUAACAAUUAUUUUUAGCUGUAUUUUCAGCUGGAUAUUGUGUGUCCAGGCAAGUUUGGUAAAUACAACAGUUUUGUCAAGCGUUAUUGUGAUGCUCACAAUGUUUUUUACCGUGGAGCUCAGCGUUAUGAUACCAGGUACAAAUAUAAAACACUUGUUUAAUCUGAUGUAAACAAAAAAGCCAGCCUUGGAUAUAUGGGUAUACAUGUAAUAUAGUGGAUAAGUGGAUGUCAGCAAAAUUUCUGGAUCACAACAGUGGGGAGGUUAAGCAAUGACGGUGGUGACAGCAACAAGAAUGGCGAAAAAGCAGUAGGUUUAGAUAAGCAAAGCAACAACUAUGUAUGUACAUCACCCUUUUUUGUAUUUCUUGGCACUCAUUUCAUGACUGCGAUAUGAAACCUCCUAAUUCUACGUGCCUGCUUUAUGUAGUAGGUGGGCACAGCACAAAAAUUUUGUUUGUCUUUUUCUAAACUUAGAUACGAUCCUUUUGGAUUCAACCCUGGAAAAUUUCUCCAAAAUUUGACAUAUUAAAUGAAUUAAAUUGAAUAAGAUUGGUGAAGUCUGAAACAUUACAAAUCCACUUUUUAAGUGACAUUUUCGGUUUAAUUUUAUCCAGAAAUUUUGCUACCAUGGCAACAUGAUGUAAUGACUUUUCCUCUCUUUUGAGGUCAAAGUUAACUUCAGGUUAGAAUUUUUUUAACCUUGGUUGAUUCUCAAUUUCCUUUGUCUCCUAGCCAUUAUUCAUAUAAUAGUUAGAGCUAGGAGAUGAAGGAAAUUAACUUAGAAAGAAACUGUAACUGAAUUUAAGGUUUUGACCCAAAACAUACACCCGUACCGGUAUCUACACAUGUGCUUCUUACAGAUACCUACAGGUGCAGAUACAUCCAUGAUGACAGCUUUCUUGUUUUUCCCCUGAUCUUAUUGUCAUUAAUUUGUUAUUGAACAAUUCCACAUUUAACCCUAAACCUAUCUAAAUAAUUUUCUCAUAUGCAGUGGUGCUUCAAACCUUGAGGAACUUUACCACCUCUUAAAGGAAAAUGUUAUGAUUCGCAGACUUAAAAAAGAGGUCAGUUUAAUUUAGAUGCUGCUGCUACUAUUUUGUAAAUUAUCAAUAAUGGCAUGAUAUGUAUGCAAUAUACUGAACUUGUAACUUAAUUUACAGGAUAAUAUUUGUUUUGCCUUGUAUUUUGUAGGUUUUGACCCAGCUACCACCAAAGAGAAGACAGAAAGUUGUUUUUGAUAUUUCUGAGUCCUGUAGUAAAUACAAGAAGGUAAGAGUUAGGUGUAAUCCUCACACGGAAUUUUUUUUGUUUUGUUUUUUCUUUCAUCCACUUGUGCACCCUUGCUAGAAUCAAUGGAUUUAAUAUUAUAACAGACCAACAGUGUGUAACAUUAUAUCCUCCUCCAAGUCAUUGUGAUCGUAAAUAUGGAAGUACAGUCUAUUAACUAGCUCUGGGAAUAAAUAGCCAGUAAAGGUAUGUAAGGCUGUUUUAUUAUGAAGAUGAUGAAUAAACUGAACAUGCUGUCAAUUUUCAUUAAUUUGUUAUCUAUGAAUUUUAGGAAAUGCAGAAAACUAUGAAGGACUUUAAGAAAUGCUCCGCUAUCCUGAAAGGUGAAACUGAAGAUUCAUCAAUCCAGUCUCCUUUGUUUGAGAUGAAUAGGCUCUCCACUUUAUUGUACCACUACACAGGGCUUGUCAAGGUGGGAUAAUGAAAUUGAACUAUAAUUGUUACAGUUAUUCAUAGAGAAUUCAUGCCAGUAAGAUACAGGAGAUGUUGAUAACUUUAUGUUACCAGGGAAAGCUAUAUUCCAGGCAAUGAUAAUAAAAUUGUGGUGGCACUCCCUUGAAUUAGAUAAUCAAUGACACUUUACUAAGGUAUGAAUGUUGGGGCUGAAUAUUAAACCUGUGUUACCAUAACAGUUGAGGUGUGAUCAGGUGAUUUAGCACCAUUCAGGAUACUGGCCCUCUAACCAUCAGCUUACUGUGCAGCCUCCAGUGCUGCCUCAUUUUUAGAACAUAAUUCUUGUUGGUAACAUUUUGCAUCAUUUCUUACUACAAAGCAAGUUAAUUUCUGACCCAAUAUUAAACUGUUAUAAAGGAAAUAAAGGGAGAUGUAAAUAAUCAACCAUAAGAGGACACAGAAAAAAUCUGAACCCCAGAUGGGACUCGAAACUACGACCCUCCGUAUUCUAGAUCGGAUGCUCUAACCUCUGAGCUACUGAGGACUCAUUGGUGAGCAAGGGUCAUUUUUUGGGUUGGACUUGUGAACCACAUCUUGCAGUCACACAGUCCAUCACAAGAAACACAUUAAGGCUUAACUGCAUCAUGUAGUCACAUUAAUAGCAAGAAAUGUCUCACCCAUGAAGGAGCCUCCAACUAACCAACCUAGGCCACUGAUAUUAAUAUUAUAAAAACCACCCAAUAUUAUUCAAAAGUUACAGAGUAACUUUCAUUUUAACAGUGACCGUCUGAAGCAAAUAUUUAAGCUUCCACACUCUAUCAUUGUCGAAUUGUAUGUUAAAGCCUUCCAGUACAGAGUAAUUAACUCAAUUCUUUACACAAAUACAAAGUUGUAUAAAAUAGGUUUUAGAACAAAUGAUUUAUGUAGUUUCUGUGACAAUCAACGCGAAUAAUUAACCCAUUUGUUCUAUCACUGCUCAUGUUUUAAACAGUUUUGGAUUGAAUUUGAAUUAUAUUGGUGCCUUGUUUUGAAUCAACGAAUUCGUCUUUGCUUAGAAAAUGUGCUCUUUGGAAUUUUGAUGGAAAAUGCUUGCCCUUUACUUCAAUUGCUAAACUAUUUUUUAAUUAUCGGAAAACUCUAUUUGUGGGACCGUAGGAGCAAACAAAUCCUUCCAAACAUUUAUGGAUUUAGGGCGAAGAUCAUUGCUAACUACUAAACGGAAAAAAAAAUCAGAGACAAAGAAUUCUUUAAAAGAAAGUGGAUACUGACGCCUUAUUUAAGUUAACUGUCUAAACUCUGUAUUAUUUCAUUGCCCUGUUGUACUUUUUUCUCAUUUCUUUUAGCCCUGUAAUAAUUUAACAAUUAAUUUUGCUUUAUUCUGUUAAUGUCCAUUGUUAAAAUGCUUUUUUGUAGUAUUGUAAAUGUAAUUAUCUAAUGUGAUUAUCAAUAAAUAAUUAUAUUUUAAAAAAAGUUAAUUUCUGACUCAUACAAAGCACAGUACCAAUUAUUUGUUUUUGAAGACAAAAUCAUGGCAAUUAAAAAAGUACAUACAGUCAUACCUCUCCACAACAGCCAUCUUUAGGACAGAAGAAAGCGGCUGUUGUGGUGAUGUUGCCUGUAUGGGGAGGUAGGGAGUGUAAUAUGACAAUUUGUUGUAGGAAGUAUAACACGCUUAUUGUGCUUAGUUCAUGCUUACUGUAUCCUACAAUGGUAGUCCAAUCAUAAAUUAUAUAGAGAUAAAAUUCACAAAAAGCUUGAAUUAUGUUUUGAAUCAAAAUGUCAAUGUGACAAAACAAGCAACAUUUGCUUUAAGUAUCAAUUUAUACCUACUGCAGCAUCAUAAAUGGAACACAAUCAAUGUACGACCUUGAUUGAUCAUCAUGCAAGGCGCCAUGUGGAUCAAAUUUCAUGACCAUUCAGAUUCUUGACUUUUUCAUCAGUCACUGAAAAAACUGGCCGUUAUCGAGAGGUUUUUUUGGCAGUUAGGGACACGCUUCAGUGGCUGUUGCCAUUGUAAAAGGUUUCAUUGUAGAGAGUAAAUGUAUGGACUGUUCGCCAAGACAAAAUAAAGUGGCUUGUGUAGAGAGGUGGCCAUUCGUUGAGGUUUGACUGUUAUACAUGUUCAUUGUCUAUCACUUGAAUUAAUUUUUUCUUUGAUUUUCAAAACUAUUAAUUAUUCCCUAAAAAAAUCUUAGCCACUAUUUACAAGAACAUUUGAACUGUAUCCUUUCUUAGAAUUUUACCCCUAUUGCAAACUCUUUUCUUCAGAAGGAAACAUGCAAUCAUUUCUUAGAAAAUUUCUUCCUAUUCUUCUUCAUAAAUUGAGUGAACACUAUUAAAUUCAAAAUAAAAUAAAAAAAUUCAAUGUCGUUCAUCAAAUUUUGAUGAACGACAUUGAAUUUUAUUUAAUUUACACUUAGAUUGGUCCAGUGUUGAAGUAUAUAGAGGACCUUGCCCAAGGAAUGGACAGCAAGUUCAUUGUGUUUUUUCGCCACCGUCUGGUGUGCCAAGCUAUAGUCCAGAAGCUGGUGACAUUAAAGCUAAAACACAUCUGUAUUGCUGGUGAUGUGCCUUCUGGAAUGAGAGGGGUAUGGUACUCGUCAUCUAAUUUUUUGAUCAGUCUGACUUGCUUGUUUGGUCUUUCAGCAACAUUAUUAUACUGUCACAUACACCCUGUAUGUUCUGUCAUGAACAAUGAAAUUACUGCAGUGGGAAGUUGGAAAGAAUACGUUAACUGCCAGCAUACAGCUUACUGUAUGCACUUGAUACGCAAACUAUUCUUGAAUCCAGUGGUCAGCUGAGUGUUAUUUUGAUCUCUGUUUCUUGGAAUUUGCUGCCAAAACGUAAACUUUACAAACUCAACGUGGUCUUCAGAAUAACAUAGAAACACAUCUUAGUUGCAGUGAGACAUUUAUUAUCUCUUGUGAUUAUAUUGUAAAACAGUUGUAUGAGAGUUUUCUUUGAAAGAUGAUUCUUCAGUUUAAUGUAGCCCUUUUUUUCUAGGAUCUGGUUCACUCAUUUCAAACUGACCCUCAAGUGCGUAUUGCUGUUCUUUCCAUUGAAGCUGCAUCUUUUGUAAGUACCUGUACAAACACUUGAAAUAUUUUCUGUGUCUUUAGUGUGUCAUGUAGCUGGCUUACAACAUUUGAAAGCAAGCCAUCCCUCCAUCUCCUUGACUUUCUGUGAGUUCCCAACGUAGUGCAUUUGUCAUCAUCAUAAUUCGUGGCUGUCUGGGGGUGGGGUAUUUGACACCUUUUUACUAAUUGAAUUAAGUGUUCAAUGUUUUCUUCCCAUUUGCUGCCCUGAGAAGACAUACAAGAGUUUGAACAUUAAAAGACAUCUCCUUACACAAAGAAUUUGAACAUUAUAUUUGUAAAGUCAGGAUGAGAAAUGUGUUUGGAGUUAGCUGCUACCCUAAUUACUUUCUAGCAAUGUGUUUGCUGAAUGAAAGUCAGAUUCAUUUUGGCUAUUGUUGGAGCCUAGAACCAGCUAUACACUUCCCUGUCAUGUGAGCAAUUACACUAUAUUAGUACUGAAUACAUGUAGCAAUCAUAAUAUUAUGUCACUCCAUCUCACCAGGGCCUGACUCUUACAGCAGCCCACCAUGUGGUAUUUGCUGAGUUGCAUUAUACCCCUGGUGUCAUCAUACAGGCUGAAGACAGAGCUCACAGAAUUGGACAAACAUUACCUGUUAACGUCCAUUAUUUGAUCGCACGAGGAACUGUUGAUGAAAUUCUCUGGGGUAUGAUUAGACGCAAGGUACAUGUCCAAAGACUGUUGAUUUAUGUUGUCUGUGCUAUAAUCUGCAUAACAGGCUAGGAAACCUGAAAGAGGUUACUUACUGUAAAUUGGAAGAGUGUAGAUGGGUUUUAAACACCCUAUUCUCCCUUUGCUCCUUUACAGCUUUAGUGUCAGUCACGAAAAGAUACUCACGAGUAAUGUGAGCUCGUUUUGUUACAUUGUAUACUGUACUGACAAAAAAGACUGUACCUUGGUGGAAUUAAUUGUUUAGAAGGAUGCCAAAGCUUGAUAUAAAGCCAACUCGAAGAUACACACUGCUGUCUGAUUUAGGAUGCAGUUAGUAUCAAGCUGUAUUACCUGGCUCUCUCUGCAGGUGUAUGUUACUAGUAGCACCCUUGAUGGGGAAUGUAAGGAGCUUAAAGCAGAGGAUGGUGAUGAGGAUCAAAGUCGUCAGUUGACUGCAUGUGCUGCUUGGGUGCAGGAUCACGAAGAAGACGCUGGUGAGCUUGAAGACUUUGUCAUGGCACAGGUAGGUAACAGAUCAUACAUUUGUACUAUUAUUAUCUUCCUCUUACUGCUAAUUUCCCAGGUGAAGCUGAAGUACUAAUGAUAAGGGGCAGUGAAUUCGGUUACAAUCAUCAAUUCGGUUAACAUGUGUUUUAUAAAGGACUCGCUACUGUGUUAUUUUGCCUUUUAAGACACUCUAGAAUAAAAUUCGACUUUCAUUAAAAUUUACCAGAUAUGUUUCGACGGUACACCCGCAGUCAGCAGUGUCACAUAUUUUGUACUCUUUCUUGAAUAUAAAUCGCGUGCGUUGUUACAAAUUUCGUUAACGUGUCUGGUGAUUUUAGGAAAGUUGUUUCAUAAAUGUUGCUGCUUUCGAGACUCCCAAAAACGUUUCCAAUUGAAGAUCUCCCAACGCCAAUUAAAGGAAAAUGUGUACAUAAGGUUAUUAAACUUUCUAUUUAUCAUAGGUAUGAAUAUACAAGUACCAACGUGCUAACCAAAAAAUACCCGCUUCUGAGAGGUUAGGAGGCUUUGAAAAACAAGAGUCAAUGGUAUCUAGAUUUUGGCCAGUUGGCUACCGUAAGAACCCUUUAGCAAAGUGCCUCUGAUAACUCGACAGUUCCUUCUUGAUGAAAUGAUGGUAGCCCUAAGUAAAGUUAAUUUUUCAGAGAAAGCGAAAAACUUAAAGUUCCUUUCUCUUGUAGCUUUCUUCUAAAACUCUGAAGGAAGAUCAGAACCAACGAGACCUUCGCUCAUUUUUCACUCCGACAUCAAGUUCACGGAGAAAUAGCUUUUUGGAGAAUAACGAAGGCGUCAGUGAGAGGAGUAAGAUACAGAAGGGUGUGAUGCCAGUGAGUGGCGGCAGUGCUGAGCAGCAUAUAUUUGUUCUGGAUAGCGAUGAUGAUGAUAACAUGUCCAUAACAUGGGACGAUGUGGAUGACGACGCUUUCAUGUCAGGUACAAUAUCUUUGCGUAUUCGUGCUAGAUAUUUAGUAGUAAGAGAUAUUCGUUAGGAAUAGCGAUGAUGACGAUAUCAUGUGUCUAACUUGCGACGAUGUGGAUGACGACAGCCUUAUGUCAGGUGCAAUAUCUGCCGGUGCAUAUUUGUGGUAGAUAUUUAGUAUCAGCAGAUGUGUGUUCCAGAUACGACCAUAGGGCCGUAACGUGUCUUUAAACGUGAGAUCAACAUGAUGUUGGCGAAGACACCCAGGUGCAGUAUUUGCAGUUUGAUAACUUGUUGUUAAACCUUUCAUUCUUCCUGGGCUGAGCGGGAAGUGAACAGCAGUUCUAUUUUCCUUUUCUUUCCUCUCAAAGUAGCAGGGAAACAAAAACUCCUAAACCUCCUGAACACCAAUUUAAUAUUUUCUGGUCUGAAUUUACUGAGAUUAAUUCCGCUUAUUAUAUUUUCUCCUUAGUAUCAUUGGAAGUCCCUAAGAGAGAUGGGGAGACGGCUGAUGAACACAGUAAACAAACCCGCGUGAAGAAUGUGGAGGGUGAUAACAAGCUUGAAGCUGAUGACAAAAUUGAAGCCAAAGUCAAACCUGAUGCAGAAGAGGAGCACUCCGCUCUCAAACCUAAAAAGUUAAAGUUUAAGAAAGAGAAAGAUGGAAAGUUAACUUUUACGAAAAGCAAAAGCUUCACUAAACUUCAAAAGAAAGAAUCUGCUUGCGUAAGCUCUUUGAAGUUUGUUGGAGAUGAUCCUGACACAGAAUCACAGACAAUGCAAAGCUAUUUGGAGGACGCAGUCGAGCCGAUAAAAACCACGGAUAAAGAGAAUUAUAGGGAAACGGAUGCGUGCAAUAGUGGUCCUUCAAAUAGGAAAGAUCGAGGAUUUCUAGCGUCAUUACAAGAAGCAGAUAUAGAUUGUGUUGCCCUUGUUUGUAAAACAGCAUCAAGCAUAACACUACAGAGAAAAAGCGAACUCUUAAGUAAUGAUACAGCUUUAGAAGCAGGGAAUCAAGAAGGAUGUGUUGACGGUAGUGAAGUCAAGCUAAAAGAAAAGUAUAGUCCAUUUGAACAAGAAAGUGUAAGUCCUUUGGAAGCUGAAAAACACUGUGACUCAAAAAAGGAUGCGUGUUCCUCACAGACAGAGAGUCUCUCUAUUAAUGAUUCAAGCUUUGUUGAUCAUAAUGAACACAAAAAGCUCCAGGAAACAUUUGGAACGACCAAAUUGCAUCAGAGUGAUAUUAUAACAGAAAUCCAUCAGCAGCGUGGAAUAACUGAACCAGAGGAUCAUCUGAGCGGGAAUCAGACAGUGGAACACUCGGUUUCUGUUCUUAAUCCUAGCACAGACACCAUAACCCUGGAUACAGUAAGCUCUCUCAGUCAGGCCAGAGGCUGUACAUCUGAGGAUAAUCGGGUCUGUUACCCAGAAAAGCAAAUGACGAAAUGCAAUGAUAGUAUUAGCUCUUUAGAUUUAUCAAAGCCCUUGCAGCAUUUUGGCAACAAUGCACUCGACUCAUUAAGUCAAAGAGAGGGUGACGAACAAAAUAGUCCAUCAGCUGUUCUUGAGGAGGAUUCGUCCGAUGAUUUUCAAGCUUCAACUAUAAGACAAACCCAGGCUGCUGCAAAAGCGUUUGGUCAGAAUUCCAGCAAGUCAAAGAACGGAAAAUCUCGCAGAAAGAGAAAAAACAACGGAACAGCAGUUCAAGAGAAGAGGACCCAUAGUAUAUACAAAGAACCACCUAGCUGGUCUUGCAGUGCUUGUACUUUAAUCAACGAUGGGCAGCUAUUGGAAUGUUCUAUUUGCCUCACACCACGUGUAACUGAUGAUAGUACUUCUACUAGAGUACACAUGGACGCGGAUAUCGAACAUUCUUUUACAAAAAGUCAGCAUGUCGCAGAAGUGGAGACUAAAGGUUUGUCAGCCGUGCAGAAAGACUCCAGAAAUAUCAGCUGUUAUAGGGCGAAUGGGGAGCUCGGUGAUGAAGAAACAACUGCGUCUCUAAAUGAAACAGGUGGCAAUAAUAGAGUGGAUGAAAAUACUGUUGUUCAGGAUUUGUGUAAUACUCCUGGAGAAAGAUCAGAAAGUAAAGAGAGCGACGUGACGGCGGCUUUAGAUGACUCCGGCUUACCUUCAUGGUCAUGUUCUUUUUGUACAUUCUCCAACAUGUCUCAAAUGAUCGAAUGUUCCAUGUGUUUGACUCCAAGAAGACGAAGUCAGCGAAAAACCACGAGUUCGUACACGCGUCAAGUGGAAAGACGACGGAGCCAUGACGUCACCAUAAAUAGUGACAACAUGAGCAGAAAACGACCACGGAAAACAGACCUUGGUAAGAUUGAUGAGAGCUCAUCAGUGGGGAGUAGCCCUAUUUUGAAUGAUGCUGGAGAUAACCAUCUUUUAGCAGAAACUGAGAAAAACCUGACACCUCAAACAACUAAGUCAUCUUAUUGCGAAUCUAACAGUGUUAGUGAUUCAAUUGCUGUUUUCGAUCACGAGAAGGAGGUCACCAUAUCUCGGCCAAGAAAAAGGCUGAAACUGGGGGAGUGCGAAGAGGUUAAAAAGGAGGUGAUUGACCCUAAUGACUUGGUAAACACAUCAACUUGUUCAUCAGAUCGGUCAUCAGAUGUGAUUGUGGAAAAACCACCUGAUGAUUCAAUGAAUGGUGACCAAACAGAAACUACCCAGCUUAAAACCGAAAAGCUUCAAUGUGGUAAUAAUGAUGUGGUGAUGGAGCUAAGUGACCUUUCAGAUCAUUCGGUUUAUAAGGCUGAAUGUGAGACGGCUUUGUCAACGCCCUCCUCUGAAAUUACAGUGGUUGAAGAUUCCAAUAGCAAGGUUGUGGAGAAUCUCGAAGAACUUAAAGCUGCAGCAGAAGAAAUGUUUAUGACAGAAUGGGAUGACUCUGAUAACGGCUGGUGGGAGGACGAGGUGGAGGAAGAUAGUAGUUCAGGACAAAGCUCUGGUGUGUCCAGUGGUGAAACUACAUCAAGCAGUCCAUCAUCAGCGCAGCUGUCCACUGGAUUUACCAAGUGUUCUAACCUGUACUCGGUUCCUGAACUCAGGAACAAGCUUCAGUCAACUCCAGAACAACCAAAGCCAAGUGCAACAACCGAACCAUCUGAACUGAAUAGUCACUACAAAGUAUCUCCUAUCGUAGGACAAAAAGACAGUUCUGUAGCUGAAUCUGAUGCAGCGUUUGAGGAAGAAGAAAUUGAAGAACCGGAAGACACUUCUGAGCCAAUGAAACUGAAGUUUUGUUUGAGCCUCUACACAGAGCGAGUGUUCUUAUACAGCGAGGUAAUCAUCAGAGUCUUCAUUUAGUAAGUUUGCGUUCAAGAGGUUUUUUAAACAGUAUAGGAGUGAAAUCCCGCUACAAUUUUCUUGACUCUGUUACUGUCUAAUUCCGCACAUAUAUACAUUUCCCUUUUGCUCGCUAACAAGACUUUUCAAUACAGUGCUCGGCCAUGCAAACACUCAAAUAGUUUGCCCUUGGAGGCUAGUCGUCACUUAUCAAUUUAUCAUAUUAUAACUUUACAGCCAAAGCUUAGAUUAGGAUGCACGAGGAAAUUUCGUGCUGUCCACUUCAGUUUUCCUCUCUUCAUCUUUUUUUUUUGUUAUAGUUUCAUUUUGAAUAUGCCACUUCCGAGUUCCCCCGGGCCUCUGUAUCAAAACGAGGUAAAGUGCUCAGCCUUUUAUAUGGAAAUGAUUUUUCAUUCUCAUGCAAAUAAAACUAAUUUUCACAAGAAAGGUUGUGCACUUGGCCUCAUUUUGAAAGAGAAGGUUUUUGGAACUCGGAAGUGACCUAUUGCGAAGUGACUUUGGCUUUACGUUGUUAGGAUAAUAAACCACUGGGAAUCAAUUUCUGUAUGUCGGAUGUGAUCAACGGAAACACUGAAGAUCUACCCAGCAUCCUUUAUCACGAGUAUAAUUUGAGUCAGGUGAAGAGGUUCCUCGACGGGUGGAAAAGGUGAGAUAUGAUCCUUUAAACAACUUUAUCCAAGCAGAGUCAACGAAAUUACAUCUCAUUGGUGUAAGAAUGUGUUUCAUCCGAUAUGCAAACAGCAGGCACCGAGAACUAAGUAGAUAUAUGAGGCGCAGACCAUUAAUUUAAAUCGAGUUCGAGUUGUCUGGAUAUCAGGCGACAUGCUGCGCGGAGUGCCUGAUAUACUGCAGCUGAGCUGCUGAGCUGUUCAAAUGAUCAAUAAUACUUGGAAAAAAUGGAACUUUAGUCUGCAAAAAUAUUACGUUAGUUAGUGUCCAGCAUUCAAACUCCUUCAAAGUACUGAUUUCCUCUGUUUUCAUUUUACUAUAUAUCUGUUUGAGAAAUAGUUCAUGGAUAUUGAAAAACACCCUUGGACUGAAUGCUGUGUAAGUGAACCGAAUUGCCCUAACCUGAUUAUCAUUGCUCCUCUAUCAAUUUUUUCAAAGUCUUGGCAAUAUUGUGGUUAUGGUUGUCGAUGCUAAAGCUGUUUUCCUGAUUCACAGGAUGGGUGAAGGCAAAAAGCGAGUUCUGCGCAAGUCAGCUCUUGUGUUUGAUGAUCCUUUGGGAGCUUACGAACAAGCGAGGAAGGUGAGCGCCCCACCUUUUACAGUGAGAGUGUAGUAUGCAAGUUGUUUACGUGCUACUCCACAAUGGAAGCUCUCAGUGAUUCCUCAUGCAUUUCGGAAACGUUUGCCAAAUGCCGUAAAAUUCUGGUAAUAAACCUUGGGCUUAGACAAGCUCUUAAGGGUAUUUGGGUGAGCUUAUAGACUCGAAGCCGGAUGGGCUUAAAAGCGGAAGUGCCGUAAGCUGGUAAACAAAGAAAAAAAAAUUAUUGGACACGAAAAUUCAGCAUCAAAGUAGAUGUGUGUGUGUGUGUGUGGGGAGGGGGAGGGAAGGGGGGGUAGCAGUUUUAUCGUGAGGGGUGUGAAGCGAAGUGUGUUUUGUGUGCAGGUUGAUUGUGGAAGGAGACACGGUGGCGUAAAGUGCUAUCGUUAAGGGAGUUGUAUAGUUACACAAUAGUGUCUGUUUUUUCCUUAAGGGACUGAAAAGAGAAUCAAGUUACGUACGGCAUCCAUCCCAGGUAUGACUGACUUAACAGGGUUUGGUUUCAUCUUUAGUUCACUUUGUUUUGUUUACAGUUAGGCUUAUCUGAAUAUUUUGUUGCAGGAAACUCGAAUUAAAAGAAUCAUUGAUGCAGCAGCAGAAAUUGGGGGCAAAGUUAAAGUGGUUAGGAAACCGACAGUUACUACGAAGAAAGCGAAGACAAAAGAGGAUGAUAAGACCGCCAAUAGCAGUACGUAUUUAAGCCAUAUCUUAUUACCUGUUUGAAAUAUUUAAUACGGAAACUUUGUUCUCUGUGCCUAAAGGUAUAUAUUUCUCAAGGCUUAGUUGCAGCCCUUUGUGCUUUAUCUAAAACAACGUUAACUAGCUAUGACUUUUUUUGUGGAGUUGAGUAUUUUGUUUUAAUCUGUAGACCAGUCCAACCCAACCUCUGCUGAUGCUGGCAGUACACGUGAUACGACUUGUCACCAAGCUGUAAGGGCUGAUGGGAUACCUCUGUGCCUGUUCUGCGCAGGCCCAGUGAACUUUGCUGAUAAACUGAAAUGCCAUGAUUGGGAGAAAAGGUUCUGUUCACAUGACUGCAAGAACGAGUACCAGGUAACUACGCAGUAUAAAUAAUAACCUUAUUUUUGUCUGACAAGGUUCUUGACGUAAGUUGCUUUUUUCAACAGGUCCAAAGGUAUCACCUUAUCUAAACCUGACCCAGUACCGUCCAAUAAGGUGUUCAAACGGACCCAGUAUGUUGUAUCCAGAAGUUUUGGAUGACGUUGGACCAAUCGCUUGGGUCCGUUUGAACAGGGUUAACAUUAUGGAGAUAUUUUUUGAAGGAAAAAAAAGGCGGCGGUGAAAAUUCUCACCGCUGGAGACUAACGUGCGCGGAGCCUGAAUCAAAACGGUGGACAAAAAUCAACCUCCCCACGUUGUUACUUGUAGGUCCCAGUUUUUCAAAAACUUAACAGUGUAAUCUAUCAGAUAAAUCUCUAUUCAGUAUAUGCAACUGGUUUCCCUUAUACUGUAUUUAUUCGAAUAAGCGCCCAACCUCAAAUUAGUGCCCACCUCGAAUAAGCGCCCAUCCUAAAGACAGAAAAAGUUAAUAAGCGCCCAGCCUCGAAUAAGUGCCCACCCCCACCCCACCCACUUGGGUGACAAUGAGUUUGAAAUUGAAUAAGUACUAAUAUAAAGAGGCUUCCCCGAAGACGGAGUUUUUUUUUUUCUGUAUGGGUAGUUUACAGAAACCUUGCUUUGUUACAUCUUCGCGUUUCUUUAUUACUAUUUAUUGUUUUGUUUCAAAAUAAACAUACUACACUUGCUAAAAACGGUGAAAAUUUAAUAAGCGCCCACUCUCAAGGUCAAAAAAUUUAAUAAGCGCCUAGGGCGGUUAAUCGAAUAAAUACGGUACUUAUCCCGGCACUGGAUAGACGGAGGUUUAUCUUGCGGGUAACUCUAUCCAGUUUUGAUCAACCGCGAGCAGAAAGCUAAUCCUCUUUGUCCUCGCCGUGUCAGGUCCGCGGGAGCGGUACGGCUGCCCGAAGAGCGCUGUUUGAAGCGGAACGAGGUGUGUGCCAGCUGUGUUCCCUGGAUGCUCACAGUUUGUUUGUGAAUGUCAAAGCGUUGCAGGUUAGAGAUCGGCCAGCUUAUCUAGCAGAGACGCCUUACGCAUCACUACCACAAAAGACCUUGAAAAAGAUGGUCAUGGAGCCCCAAGAAGGCAUGGUAAGAAUGAUAAUAGAUUGUACAGCUUACUAUGCUGCUUCAAUACUUCGUAGACUUGAAGAGUAGCUAUUUGACACUAAAAAAGUUAAUCAAUGAAUGCAUAAGACAUUUAACAUGAGUGUGUUUCAAGGUAAUAAGAACACGACUUUGAACUCGUUAAGAAUUUUCUUCCGACCCUAUCUGCGCAUCGCAGCCUCUGGUAUUGAUCGGUCUAGGGAAGACUUGUCUGGGUAUUGUUGUCAGCUUCUCUUACUGGUUAGUUCUUACUCUUACAUUGAGCCGGUGCGAUCGUGUUGCAAUUUUCGUCUUUUUGGAAAUUAUUCACUUAUUAUGGUCUAUAGAUCUCAGAAGACUGUGGUUCCGCUCUCUUUUGAGUGGAAAUGUGCUUUUCCUGAUACUAACCCACUUUCCCCAGUCGCACUCACCGAAAUGUGGCGCUUACAGCUUGGUCUACCAGGUUUUAAACUGUUUUUUUUUUUCCAUUAAAAUUUGAUUUUUUAGUUUUGGGAGGCAGACCACAUCACACCCGUGUCUGAGGGGGGAGGAGAGUGUGGAUUGGACAACUAUCGCACUCUGUGUGUCAUGUGUCACAGGAAAGUAACUGAGGAAUUAAACAAACGAUUGAAACAAAGAAAAAAUUUACAGUAUGCUGCUGGGUAUGCUGAUAUCUCAGCUUUCUUUCGACCUCUUAGCUAAGGCCCGGUUCAGACGCCGCUCCCCUCAUGUGCCCAACCUAGCUGAUGAAUUAAGUACGGCAAAAGAGCGGUGUUUGAAUCAAUUUGGUACGGUCGUAUUAGUUUGGUGCGGCAAAAGGGUUAAGUUCCACAGAGUCUGUCGAACUUUUGUCGAACGGUGCGCUGGAAGUGUCGCUCCAAAGUCGAACUUAUUCAAUCUGGUUUGGCACAUGAAAAGGACGGCGUCUGAACCAGGCGUAAUAGUGAAAGCACUCGCUCCUGUGCAAACAGGACGUGGCCUUAGCGACGGAACGGUUGUAUCUCACGUGCCAAUAGGAACGCUUGAAACUGAAGAAACCAAAAAGGCGCAACCAAAGCAUUGCUCACUAUAUUGCAUUUACUAUAUAGGACUGCAAGUAUCUUUCUCCUAUUUGUGAAUGUGUAAUUGUUUAAGUUGUUGUUGCUGGUUGGCAUUUUCAGUAACGUUACAGGAAAUCAGAAUGGACUGGUUAUUAUUUAAGCUGCCAGAAAAUACGGCCAACAUUUAGCAAUAACGUUACGUUGUAACUUAAGACUGC